AUGGGUGAUAAGGGUGUCGCAGCUGCGUGCGAUGGUGUGGUUCCUGCGACAGUAUCCCAAGUCAAGGGUCUUCAACAGGCGCCGACGGCUGCUUACACGGUGUCUCGGGCUGAUACACUUUCUAAGACUGCUGCUGAUGCGGCUGCCGCUGCUGCUGCUGCUGCUGACAUCGGGGCCAUGGCAAUCGACAGCAUGGGUUCUGGUUCGGUGAUAGCAGGGAGCCUUCACAGGCAGUCUGAUCCAGGGGUUGAUGGAGAAGCAGCGUUUCCCGCAGCACAACGCAAGGAGCCGGCGGGGCCAGAAGCACAAGUGAGCGCAGUUCGAUGUGGGAGCGCCCAGCAGGCAGGUGAAGCCCCGGCAGCAGGUGGUGCUGGAGAGCAGCAGCGUACAGCUCGACUUCUUCCCCCUGGCGAGCUCCCUACAGUGACAGCGGCUGUGGCAGUGGGAGAAUUGGGGGCAGCGAGGUGCAGGGUACUGGAGCGUGGUGAUGCUAUUGCCACUGAUGGCGCUGCUGGCGCUGCUGCUGCUGCUGCUGCUGCUGCUGGCACUGGUGGCACUGAUGGUGUUGUCGAUAUGCAAGGGGGUGAAUCCGGCUGUGCUGCGGCUGUGGCGAAGCCAUCGCACGAAGGCCUGAUGUGUGCUGUGACGCCGCCGGAUCUUGAUGGCACCAUGGCAGUGGCAGGAUUGCCGAAUCCAGUGGCGCCCACAACAUCGCCAGAUGCUUCCGCUGCGGAUAACACUGCUGCUGCUGUUCCUUCUGCAGCUGCUAAUGUUGAAGUUGAUGUUGGUGCUGCUAUUGGCGAGGCCAGAAGUGCGUCGUUCCCCUGUCCUCCUCCUGCUGUUGCUAACACCUCACCAACAGAUCCCGCUGCUGCGAUGCCUGUCGUCUCCGGUCCUGCCGCUAUCGAUUCCACCAAGCCCACUGCCAGUGCGGCCAACACCGUCAAAAACCGCAAUCCUAACACCAACAGUGCCGCCGCCAACAUCGCCGGUGCUACCAACACCACUGGUACAGCCGGUACUGUCGCCAACACCACCGGCAAUCCCACAGCGGGCUCGCAGCUGCUCCCAUUCAACACGGAGCGAGUGGAGAGCGUGUACGCGCUGGCGAGCGAGGAGCUAGGCCGGGGCGAGUUCGGCGUGGUGCGCACGUGCAUGCACCGCACCACCGGGCAGCUCUUCGCGUGCAAAUCCCUGGACAAAGCCCGGCUGCGGGAGAGCUCACGCGUGGAGGACCUAGAGAUGGAGCUGUACUGCAUGGGCAUCAUGCCGCGCCAUGGGAACGUCGUGCAGCUCGCGAGCGUGCACGAGGACGAGAGGGCCGUGCAUCUUGUGAUGGAGCUCUGCGAUGGGGGGGAUCUGUUUGAGCUGAUAGCCAAGGCGGGGCGGCUGCCGGAGGUGUUUGCUGCGUGGAUGUUCCGCCAGGCUGUUGAGGCCGUAGCGUUUUGCACAGACUCUGCCACAGCCGCACGCACCACCACUGCUGCUCCCACCACUUCUGGCAUGGAGGGCAUUCGUGUGAGCAGCACUGCCACCAUCGGCACUGGCUUCACUAGUGGCGCUGGUGCUGCUGCUGCUGGUGUAUCCAUGGGUUUGGGAACCAGCAUCGGCAGGGUCGGUAGCGCUGCCGCUGCCGCUGCUGCCGCCGCUGCUGCUGCUGUUCCUGGUAGCAGUGGAGGAGGAGGAGAAGGAGGAGGGUGUGGAAGCGCAGCGCCGGCGUGUCUGGCGGGGAUAGAAGUGAAGCUGGCGGAUUUCGGGCAGGCGGUGGUGCUGUCGCCUGGGAGCACAGCGCAUGGGCUGGCAGGGUCAUCGUUCUACAUGGCGCCAGAGGUCGUCAAGGGGCGCCAGUACGGGCUCUCUGCUGAUGUGUGGAGCCUCGGUGUGCUGCUCUAUGUCAUGCUUGCAGGCUACCUGCCAUUCUACGGGGAAUCCCUCCGUCACAUCUUCCUCACCAUCUGCUCGUCCGACCCCGACUUCUCCUCGCCGCCCUGGCCCUCGCUCUCCCUAGCCUGCAAGCACCUGCUGCGCUCCAUGCUCCACCGCGACCCCCUCCGCCGCCCCUCCGCCCGCCAGCUCCUCUCUCACCCCUGGUUCUCCUGCGCGCUCCUCCCCCUCUCGCCCCCCUCCGUGCCUCGCUGCCUCUCCCCGUUCUCCUCGCCAUCUUCCUAUUCCCGCCUCUCCCCUCACUCCUCUCGCCCCUCGCUUGCCCCCCUCUCGCCCCUCUCACCCCUCUCGCGCUAUUCAAUCUCCACCAAUCCGCUGGCUACCAAACCACUCACCAGCAAGCACUUGAAUGGACAGCCAUCCUCCUCACCGCUGCUCAUGUCCCUUUUUCCGGGAGUAACUCCCCCGUCUCCUUCCUCCUGCCUCUCGCCCUUCACCUCCUCGCCCUUCACCUCCUCGCCCUUCUCGACGUCCCCAUAUUCCUCCUCCCACUUCCCCUCACCACCGUUCUCCUCCUCCUCAUCCUCCUCCCAUUAUUCCUCCCGUCUGUCCUCCUCCUUCCCUCACCUCUUUCCAACUCUCCAAUCCUUAGGUCCUACGUCCUCCCCUUCCGCAUACCCUUUAUCUUCCUCCCCCGCACCUCCAUCCAUGUCCCACGCUUUCCUCCCCAACCCCAACACCCCUCUCGCGCCCUACCACUCAUCUCGCUUCCACCCGAGCUUCCCGCUUUCCACGGGGGCAGCAGCUGCGGCCGCAGCGGCCACUGCUGCUGCUGCUGUGGCGGCGGGGGCGUCACAUGUGCCGUUGCGUGGAGUGGAUGUGCGCUUGGAUCUUUUCUCCUCAGUGCUCCUUGAAACUGCGCAGCAGCUUCCUGCUCUGGUGAACAGGGAGGAUGGGACGUGGCAGGCGGGGUUGAAGGAGGGGAAGGAGGCGAAUGAGGGGAAGUGGGAUUGCGCAUACGGUCUGCUCGAUACUGCUGGCGUGGGUGAUGCGAAUGCUUUCGUGGAUGAAUGCGGGAUGAAGUAUAGCAUAAGUGGGUAUCUAGAUGCGGUUCUGGAUGCAGCAGCUGGUGAUGAAGUGGCUGGGGAUGGAGAGUCAGAUGGAGGGGAUGGUGCUGGAGGGAAGAUUGAUGGGGUGGCGUGCAUGGGUGCAGCAGGUGGGGAAGGGUGCUUCGAUGCUGUUGCUGCUGCUGCUGCUGCUGGGACUGACU